UAGAGCCUACUCUGCUUACACAUCUUAGCAGGUCAGUGAGCGGUGGGAGCCCAUCCUCCAACCCGCUUGUAGGAAGAUUCACUGCCUUCAAGGGGACAUGACUCUCUACUGGAGACAUCUGCCAAGGACCUGGUGCUUGAACACCUCCGCUCCCAGGAUCACCAAGGCCUGCCCUGCCUUGAACCUUGGUGCUUCCUGGGCAUCCAUAGCCAAGCUAGAUCUUCACACAAAACCUGAAAUGCCUCCAUGUGACUUCUCACCUGAAAGAUACCAGUCCCUUGCCUACAACCGUGUUCUGGAGAUCCACAAGCAACAUCUCUCUCCUGUGGGGACGGCGUAUUUCCGGAAGCCCCUGCUGCUCCAUCAAGGGCACAUGGAGUGGCUAUUUGAUGUUGAGGGAAACAGAUACCUUGACUUCUUUUCUGGAAUUGUCACUGUCAGUGUUGGUCACUGCCAUCCGAAGGUAACGGCAGUGGCACAAGCACAGCUGAGCCGCUUGUGGCACACAAGCAGCGUCUUCUUCCACACCCCAAUGCAUGAGUAUGCAGAGAAGCUUUCAGCACUUCUUCCUGAGCCUCUGAAGGUCAUCUUCUUGGUGAACAGUGGUUCUGAAGCCAACGACCUGGCCAUGUUGAUGGCCAGAGCGCACACACAAAACACAGAUAUCAUUACUUUCAGAGGCGCCUACCAUGGAUGCAGUCCUUACACACUUGGCUUGACAAAUGUAGGCAAAUUCAAGACAAAACUGUCCAGCACCCUGGGCUGCCAAUCAACAAUGUGCCCAGAUGUUUUCCACGGCCCUUGGGGAGGAAGCCGCUGUCGAGAUUCUCCGGUGCAGACAACUAGGAAAUGCAGCUGUGCACCAGACUGCUGUGAAGCUAAAGAUCAGUAUAUUGAACAGUUCAAAGAUACCCUGAACACUUCUGUAGCCAAGUCAAUUGCUGGAUUUUUUGCUGAACCAAUUCAAGGCGGCAACGGAGUUGUCCAGUACCCAAAGGGCUUUCUAAAGGAAGCCUUCCAGCUGGUGCGAGAGAAAGGAGGAGUGUGCAUUGCAGAUGAAGUGCAGACAGGAUUUGGAAGACUAGGCUCUCACUUCUGGGGCUUCCAAGCCCAGGGCGUACUGCCUGACAUCGUCACCAUGGCUAAAGGGAUUGGGAACGGCUUUCCCAUGGCAGCAGUUGUGACAACUCCAGAGAUUGCCAGGUCUUUGGCUGAAAGCCUGCUUCACUUCAACACCUUCGGAGGGAGCCCCCUGGCCUGUGCUAUUGGAUCUGCUGUGCUUGAGGUGAUUCAGGAAGAAAAACUGCAGGAAAACAGUAAUGAAGUUGGCACCUAUGCAUUACAGAAGUUUGCUCAGCUGCGAGAUGAGUUUGACAUCGUGGGUGAUGUUCGAGGCAAAGGUCUCAUGAUCGGGAUGGAAAUGGUGCAGGACAAGAUGAGCCGCCAGCCUCUUCCCAUUGAAGAAGUAAACCAAAUCCACGAAGACUGCAAAAACCUGGGGCUCCUCGUUGGCAGAGGCGGCCUUUUCUCCCAGACCUUCCGCAUUGCGCCCCCCAUGUGCAUCGCUAAAGCAGAAGCUGACUUUGCGGUGGAAGUGUUCCGCUGUGCCUUCAACCAGCACAUGGAGAGAAGAGCGAAGUCACAUUGUUAGAAGUCAGAAAACCUCAAGCCUCGAGAAUGUCCCACUUACGGUCAAGGGUGAAUGUGAGGAACUUAAGAUCCACGAGUAUUUGGACAAAACCUGCAGCGUGAAAGGCAUGGUGGUCUGCUCCCAGCCAUUCUGGUCAGAGGAGAAGCCUUAGGUCAGAGCCGAAAUCCCAGCCCAUCUGGGUUGG